GAAGCCGACCAACAACCCACCAGCAGCUCUACAGCUCGUCACAAAAAGACCUUCAAGAUGAACGCUUACCUAUUCGUUUCCAUGGCGUCUGCCAUUGUUGUCGCUACCAACGCGGCUGCUGCCUAUGGUAUGGGAGGAGGCAUUGGAGGAGGAAUGGGCGGUAUGCCUGGUAUGGGUGGAAUGGGAAUGGGCGGUAAAGGAGGCAUGGGCGGAGGAAUGGGCGGUAUGACCGGUAUGGGAAUGGGCGGUAUGGGCGGUAUGAUGGGCGGUAAAGGAGGCAUGGGGGGUAUGAUGGGCGGUAUGCCCGGUAUGGGAAUGGGCGGUUUGGGCGGUAUGAUGGGCGGUAAAGGAGGCAUGGGCGGAGGAAUGGGCGGUAUGGGAGGUAUGAUGGGCGGUAAAGGAGGCAUGGGCGAAGGAUUGGGUGGUAUGAUGGGCGGAAAAGGAGGCAUGGGCGGAGGAAUGGGUGGUAUGAUGGGCGGAAAAGGAGGCAUGGGCGGAGGAAUGGGGGGUAUGCCCGGUAUGGGAAUGGGCGGUAUGGGCGGUAUGAUGGGCGGCAAAGGAGGCAUGGGCGGAGGAAUGGGCGGUAUGGGAGGUAUGAUGGGCGGUAAAGGAGGCAUGGGUGGUAUGAUGGGCGGUAUGCCCGGUAUGGGAAUGGGCGGUAUGGGCGGUAUGAUGGGCGGUAAAGGAGGAAUGGGCGGAGGAAUGGGCGGUAUGCCUGGCAUGGGAAUGGGCGGUAUGAUGGGCGGAAAAGGAGGCAUGAGCGGAGGUAUGGGCGGAGGCAUGGGCGGAGGAAUGGGAGGCAUGGGUGGACGAUACUAGCCGGCUUAACCCGACCCACAACAAAGCUUGGUGUAUCUGGAUUAAAAACACAAUCAAAUGGAGAAAUAAAAUAACGGGUA